AUGGACAUCGCUAUCCAGCACCCCUGGUUCAAACGCGCCCUGGGCCCCUUCUACCCCAGCCGGCUCUUCGACCAGUUUUUCGGCGAGGGCCUCUUUGAGUAUGACCUGCUGCCCUUCCUGUCCUCCACCAUCAGCCCCUACUACCGCCAGUCCCUCUUCCGCACCGUGCUGGACUCCGGCAUCUCUGAGGUCCGGUCUGACAGGGACAAGUUCGUCAUCUUCCUGGAUGUGAAGCACUUCUCUCCCGAGGACCUCACCGUGAAGGUGCAGGAGGAUUUUGUGGAGAUCCACGGCAAACACAACGAGAGGCAGGACGACCAUGGCUACAUUUCCCGUGAGUUCCACCGUCGCUACCGCCUGCCUUCCAAUGUGGACCAGACGGCGCUCUCCUGUUCCGUGUCCGCGGAUGGCAUGCUCACCUUCUCUGGCCCCAAGAUCCCGUCCGGCAUGGACGCCGGCCACAGCGAGCGAGCCAUCCCCGUGUCUCGGGAGGAGAAGCCCGGCUCUGCACCCUCGUCUUAA